AUGCAGAGUCAAGAACCGCAAAUAGGACAUAUUCCCGGGUCACAGCCGAAAAUACCCGCCUCGUCCAGUCGAAUUCUAUAUGACAUCCCAUGUAAAGUGUGCCGUGACCACUCGUCGGGAAAGCAUUAUGGUAUAUUCGCGUGCGACGGAUGUGCUGGUUUUUUCAAAAGAUCGAUAAGAAGAAAUCGUCAAUACGUUUGCAAGGGGAAGUCGAAAGGCGGUUGUAUGAUGGACAAGACGCAUCGGAAUCAGUGCAGGGCCUGUCGUUUGGCCAAGUGCAUACAAGCCGGUAUGAACAAAGAUGCUGUGCAGCACGAACGAGGCCCACGGAAUUCGACUCUGCGGAGGCAGAUGGCUUUAUACUUUAAAGAGCCCGAGAUGAUGGCCAACAUGGUAUCACAACCGUCAACGGCUUUGGACCUGGCUUUACCGAAACCCCCGAUCGAAUCACGGGUUUCCGUGGCAGCCCCAGCCCCACAUCAUCCCCUUCCACUCUAUUGCAACAACAUGGCUAUGUCGAAGAUUCCGGUUACCAUGUCUGGCCUGUCGUCUUUAUCGUUGAUGCCAGCGAUAACGGCGGAGUCCAUCUGCGAACAAGCUGCGAGAUUACUGUUCCUAAACGUGCACUGGGCCCGAGAUGUUGCCGCUGGAACGAAUCUGGUCAUAGAGGACCAACUGACCCUACUGGAAGCCUCUUGGAGGGAACUGUUCCUUCUCGCAGCCGCGCAAAUGCUUCCGACGCUGGACCCGACACCUCUGCUUCCACCUGGUCCUCAGAACCUCAGCCUAGCAGUCGAAGUAAAUCGAUUCAAAGAGUCGCUGGCCGGUUUCCAUGGGAUGAACCUCGAUCAGCACGAGUUUGCGUGCGUCCGGGCGAUCGUGCUCUUCAACGCUGGCUUGGAUAGCGAGCCACUGCCCAGCAGUAAAAGCAGCAACGGAUCCGCAUCGCCCAACGCCGGAACCAGGCUUAAAGACCCGGCCGCAGUUAUGAGGCUCAGGGAUGGGGCACAAUUGGUGCUUGGGCAAAGACUGAGCGGUGCGUCGUUUGGUGCUUUGAGGUUCGGGAAGCUAUUGCUACUGCUACCGACCCUUCGUUCCGUCUCUGCGCAUGCCAUUGAAGAAUUGUUCUUCAGGAGGACUAUCGGUAUCAUACCCAUCGAGAGGAUUAUUUGCGAUAUGUACAAGGCCGCUUGA